UAUGCAGGUGGACAGAUGAGUUUACUUUAGUUUCAGUACUGUAGGCUGGAGAAGUUAGAUGUUCUGGUAAUCGAGACACGUAUUUAGUUUAGCUGUCGGUGUCAUUUACUCAACUUUAACUCACACUUGGAUUUUUUUUCCUCCGGAGCACACCGUAAAUCAAGAAUUGUCAAUAUUAAGUUCUAGGUCUGUUAUAAUGGCUCUGGCGUCUCCAUGCGGGAUUCUGUCUGAUGAGGAAGAGUGUGGGGCUGUGUUUGAGUCCACAGCGGCUGAUGUUGUUGGUCUCAUGAGGUCUCAGCGGUUUGUGUCUCCUCUGCCAGAGAUCUCAGUCAUUACCCCUGCUGCAGAUUCUCUAACGCCCACUAAAGAGCUUGUGCAGAUCAAGAGCGAUAUCAGCAGAAGAGGCAGCACUGAUGAUGGAUCAGAUAAACUUAAGGUUUUUCUACGGAUCCGUCCUCUUACUGAGGCAGAGAAGGACCGGGGAGAAGAGCAGGGUUGUGUUAAUGUGCAGUCUGAGGAAAAUCUGCUUCUCAAAGCACCUAAAGACUCCCGCAACAUGAAGAGUGCAGAGAGAGGGGUCGCUCAAAGUGUGCACAAAUUUACAUUUACAAAGAUUUUUGGACCACAAACCUCUCAGCAGGAGGUUUAUGAUCACACCAUACGGGAAAUGGUGCGAGAUGUUCUGCGUGGAGAAAACCGCCUCCUCUACACUUAUGGGGUGACUAACUCUGGCAAAACCUACACCAUACAAGGGGCAGGUGCUGAGGCAGGUCUUCUGCCAAGGGCUUUAGUGUCUGUAUUCCUGAAGCUGUCUGGUCGGCUGUACACUGCCAUGGACCUCAAGCCUGUUCUGAGCCAGGAGGUCCGUAAGCUAGAUGUUGGUGAGGUCCGUGCUGAGGAAAUGCGUCGUGAUGCUUUGCUAAAAGAGGAUGAAAGCACAGUUGGACAUCAGUCUAGGCUGCGUGCAGGCUUGUCCUGGGACAGUGGCAUAAGUGGACUCUCAGUAACCAGUCACAUAGCAACACAGCUGGAAGAUUCAGAUGGUGUUUGUCUGGAGGCCAAUGGGCUGUGUCUCAGUGGUGGGGAAGAUCUUGAAGAAGGAGUGCAGUUCUCAGUGUGGGUCUCGUUUUAUGAGAUCUACAAUGAAUUUCUUUAUGAUCUCCUGGAAGCUCCACCUUCCCUUCAGUGCCGCAAGAGAGUCACACUACGCCUCAGUGAUGACAAACAUGGAAACCCUUAUGUAAAGGAUUUGACCUGGAUUCAGGUACACAGUGCAGAAGAAGCCUGGAAAGUGCUCAAGGUUGGACAACGCAAUCAAAGUUUUGCCAGUACUCACCUAAACCACAACUCCAGCCGCAGUCAUAGUAUCUUUACCAUCCGUGUUCUACAUGUCAAGCCACAACUGGGACAAGUGACCAGAAUCAGCGAACUCUCUGUGUGUGAUUUGGCUGGGUCUGAACGCUGCAAAGCCCAGCAGAAUGGUGAGAGAAUGAAGGAGGCAAACAACAUCAACACCUCUUUGCUGACACUGGGCCGCUGCAUCACUGCUUUGAGACACAAUCAAUCCAACAAGUCUCGUCCACCAGUGGUUGUUCCAUUUAGAGACAGCAAGUUAACCAGGGUCCUCCAGAGUUUCUUUUGUGGUCAUGGGCGCUCUUGCAUGGUGGUCAACAUCAACCCCUGUGCCUCAACCUAUGAUGAGACACUCCAAGCUCUCAAAUUCUCUGCAAUCGCCACACAGCUGGUGCAUGGCCCGUGCAGUAAGACUCGUGUGGCAUACAUCCUGUCCCUGCUCCGUGAGCAGCCAACUCAUCCCAACGACACCACUUUACUAGAGGAGGAUGAGGAGGAGAGUGAUGAGGAAGGAGACAUCACCAUGUUUGAUCCUGAGGCACUGCUGAAGGCCAUUGAUGUUCUAAAGCGUGAGGUGCUGCGCCAACGGCAAGAAAAAGAGGAACUGGAGGCCAAGGUUCGAGAGGAGGUCUGCACUGAGAUGAUGGAGGUUAUCAGCCGCAUGCAGGAUGACUUCAGUGAGACACUGGAGAGCGAGAGGGAUCUGAUGGAGAAGAGAUGUGAGAACAAAAUUAACAACCUGAAGAGCAGCUUGAAGAAAUAUUACAGCCAAGAGCUAGAGGAGCGAGAUGACGAGAUCAGAGAACUUACUGCUGCUCUUACGGAAAAAGUAGCAGGUAAUACUGCCCCGGCUGCCAUUUUCCCACCUUUGAAUGAUGACGGUGGUCCACGUCGUUCACAGCGUUUGGCUUCAACACACAAACGAGAUGCAGAGCAUGAGAGCAUAGAGCUCAUCCGGUGUAAAGCCGAGCUGGAACAAUGCAGAGCUGAACUAGACCUGAAGCAAACAGAACUGCGCCUCAAAACUCUUGAACUGAAGCGUUUCCAGGACAACCUCCCAUCGAUGGGCAUCACGGGUACCCUGACAACUACAGCUGAGCGGAAACUGGAGGAGGGUCAGAGGAACCUAAAGCAGCUGCGGGUGGAGCUUCAGAUGUUGGGCAUUAAGCUGCAGUCGGGAGAAAGAGCCUGCUGCCGCAACACAGAUGGAGAGAAGCUUCGUCACGCUCUCUCUUCAGCAGACAGUAAACUUGCCAAACAGGACCAAAUGCUAGUCGAGCUGCACACGAGCCUGCAGCUGGUCAAAGCGGAACUGCGUAAGAAAGACCACCUCCUGACGCACUUCCAGAACACUCAACAAGCCCAGUCGCACCAGCCUCCAAUGGCAUCCGGCUCCUGCAAGAAAAGGGGAUGCGGGGUAGCGGUAGCUCUUGUGGAGAACCAGCCUCCUGAAAAACGCCCGUUCUUCCGUUCACUGUUUCCCUCCCGCACGGCCCCAAAGACCCCCUCACGACCAACCCGACAGCAAAACGAGGUCACCACACCCUAUUCUCGUGUGUUGCGUUCACGACAGCCAUCGCCUCCUACCACUCCCAUCAUGCUCCGAGUCAAGUAUUAAGGGUGUACACUAAUAACUUGUUUUUUUUUAUAUAAAUCUUGCAGUCUUUUAUUACAUGAUCAGGUGGCCUUGUUGACAUGCAUAUUAUUAAAAUGAUUCUUCCUGUUUAUAGUUACGCUGGCAUUCUUUUUUUUUUAAUUAAAUGGGAACUGAAGCACUCAUUAUUUUGUACAUUGGAUUCCACUUUAAUGAAAAUAUAUUAAACAAACUUGAUUAAUGUAACCAUUUAGCAGAAAACAGCAUGUUUUAC